AUCUGAGCCCGGUGUGAUUUCAUGCAAAUAAUGCCAAAGAUCUUAACUAAGAAUGCUGAUUAUUAUUAUUAUCAUUAGUAUUAUUAUAAUUUUCGCGUCGAUCGCAAUGUCCUCGUCUCGUCCAGGCAGAGCGAUUCGUAUGGAUGGAGAUACUCUUGUCCAACAGGCGAAAGAUUUAACACAUGCAAUUGAGGAACUCCUACAGGAAAACAAAGACCUUAAAGAGACCUUACAGAAGUUUCAAGGAAAUGAACCUCUCCUUACUACUGAUUUAGGGUAAAUGAAUCAUGCCAAUCAACCUACACCUUGAUGUAAUCGGCCAGCAUUAGUAGAAUUCAAGUCAUUCUUAUGCCUACGAUGACUAGGAAGGUUUCUUACGAAAGCACUAUUGCGUUUUUAGCCGUGCAAGAAACAUGUGGCAUCAGUAUCAUUAAGAAGAUCAGAGUUCUUAGGUUAUCGGAAAGACUUCUUUUCGUGACAAAAACCAUACUCUUUGGCCUUAAAUAGUUCACAAAUGAAACGCGAUAUUUGUGCGACGUUUCACAGGUGACCAUAAAUUAAUUAUCCAGAGUGUUAGCCGGCCGAGAUAAGCUGCACUAUUUUCGCUAUUUGUGAGCUACAAAAAGUGUUUGUUAUUUUAUUAUUAUUUUUUUCUUGAAGAGAACAAGACCAAACACAUAACAUUAACCUUUCCAAGAUGAAAGAACUUUUAACAGAGAAACAGUGCGAGGUGGAAAGUCUACAAAAAAGGUAACAUAUAUGAAAUGAGUUAAUAACUUGCAAACACUCGUAUACCCCAUAACAUUUAAACCCUAUUUAGACCGAAGGGGCUUUUGGAUUUGGGUUUUGCAAAUAAAUUUAACAAUAUGACGUCACAAGGACGUUAAGAUACGUCGUUAUAUCAGUCAAGUUAUGGCUUAGUGUCGGAAACAAUAAGGAAAUUACUCUGUGUAAUUUUGGUGGCCGUGUCAUGAGCGGGUUUUAAAGAUUUAGAGGGAGGGAGGGAGGGGUUCCCUCCCUUCGAUCGAUCGUAGCAAAACAUGAUUAAUCGUCACAACGUUUAAAGGCCCAUCCUUGAUGCAACGCGGUCGUUUGUUUUUGUUUUGAAAACGCGCUUUUGUAAAUGGCGCGCUCUUAUUGGUCAACACUUUUGCCAUGCAAAAGGACAAAAUAGUCAAAGCUAGUCAGCUGUGGUCGCGUCGGGAUGUUACUAGGGACUUUAAGAUCUGGGACGCGACGACUUCUAGAACGCGGUGGCUGAUAAAGGACUGGACCUGUAGAACGCCGUCGUUUGCGCGCGAAAAGUAAAGUUAAGAUCUCGGUCGCGAUGCAAGACGACGCAGCUGCAAACCGCUCUUUAUCAGUCUGAUUCUUCGGCGAUUCUUUCGCAGAAAUAGCCAUGGCAUCAUUUAAGAAAGUCCAAGAAAUGCUUUGUUUGUGCUUUGUUCGAUACCAUCACCUCCACUUCUUGGUUGACGCUUCGGUUUGUCAUCGCUUUCAUCCUCUGAUGAACCUCUUUUCUUCGUCUCUGACAGCUUCUCCAUCGCUUUUAGUCUAACAUCUUUCACUUUAGCCCGAUCGUAUUGACGUUUUUUGCUAGCUGUUCCCUGUGUUUCCUGUAAUUCCGCUUCGCCACUUUCCUCCAACGCGAUGAUCAUAUCCAAGAGGUUUUCUAGUUCCGUUGGCUCAUCGGGAGUUAUCCCAGUUGCUUUUUACUCCGCUAGAAGUUUCUUCUUAUGCUUGUAAACAAGGAUUCCCACGUGGUCUCGGACUGAUCGCUUAUCAACCCUGAAUUUCGGCACAGUGAAUUUGUUCAAGUUGUCUGCUAUUUUUUCCCACAUUCUACUUCUUUGUGUUGACCCUUUCUUAGUUGUGUAGGAAUUUACAUUGACGACUUCUCUGCAUAGAAUGGCUUCAUGAUCAUGAGUCCAAAACAUUACUGAACUAAAGAGAAGCAUCAAAACACACGCAGUUUAAUAAAAUUAAAUUAAAUAAUACAGGCUUAAAAUUGGCUUUUAGCCGCAGAUGAACGCAAUAAAUCGAGAAUUGCAACGGUACAAGAGACGAGAAGAGUAUGCAGAAGACUCCAGCAUUCACUAUUUCCAGUUUUAGCUCGUGACUUACUUGCAAGCCUCGCUCGAAGUCGAAGUCGAAGGCGCUGCCAUUUUAUAAGCUUCGUACACCUGAAAGAAAUUUAAAAAUGAUCAAAAUCCUUCCAUCUCUGCGAUCUAAAAUGUCGCCAGACAUUACGUCCAAUGAUCCUAGGAGGCUGAUGUUACAUGUUUAGAGGAAUAUACCAUCAUUUAAUUCAAGCACAGGAACAAAUAUACUCACGUUUUGUGCAGAACGUCAAACUCGCAAAACCCACGUUCUCGACGCGACGUGGUGACACCAGGACAACGGCUUGAGCAUGCGCAACAUGUCUCCUCUUUGAAAAUCUACUUCCUGUCGCGUCUUACAGCCGUCGCGUCUCGGAUCUUAAAGUCCCUACUAAAACGGGGAACGGGGAGCGGGGAGCGGGGAACGGGGAACGGAAGUCUGGGAACGAGUUGUCAGCGGAAACCUCCAUAAAAAUCUAAUAUGGCCGAUGAUCGAUGAUAGAGAACCGUCGAAACAAACUUAACCGAUAACGGCGUUAUUUUACUUGAACUAUAUGCUCAUGAGGUGCUUGAAAUAAUACGGAGGUAAUAACUUCAUGACGUUUUUCACCUUUUUGCGUUUUACUAAACAAUUAUCCCUAUAGGAAACAAAAUAUGCUCCAACAGCAGUUGAAAGAAGCCAAUCGGGACAACUCAAAGCACAGCCAUAUUUGGAACUCAAGCGAAUCUAUACUGAGUCUAGCCCACAAAGCAAUGAACUACUUUUCCAUGAUAGAUAACAUACAUCGAAGUAGUCAAGUAGCUUGUGUGCAGACUUCUUCUAUUUCCUUUGAUAGAGAUGACUGCUUUGAAAAAUGUUCUUGACCACGUCAUCACAUAAUUAGUAAGACUACUUUAACAAUCUGGUUCAGCUUUUAAUAUUAUUAGAUCGACUACACUGCACGCAUUCACGAUAUUGAAGUGUUUCACUGAUCCAUGAAAAUAAAAUAAUAUCAUGUUAUUAUUUUGUGAAACAAUUUGUUUCAGGUCAGUUUGCCCUGUGUAGACCAGUAUAAUGACCCUAAUGGAACCUAAUUCACUCAUUUUCCUCACCCUAAUCAGUAACUGCUUCAAAGUCGUACAGUGGCCAUUUGUCUCUCUGCGAAAUACCCCAGACGACCCUUUCCUGAAUAAAAACCAUUGGAUUACAUUGAAUGCAACAUUCUCACUCACUGCAGAUCCUCAAUUAACCCCCCGCCCCCCUAAGAAUGAGAUCCCAAACCCCUCCCUUUUGAAGAAAAAUGUCGUAAAAUAAUCAAAGUACCUCUUCAUGGGCACGAAACGUUUGGUGCAAUUCAUACCAUACAAUAUCGCUGUAUCAAGUACUGUUCUCGGUGCAGGAGGAGGGGGAUCUAUAAUGGCCUAAACAGAGCCUGAAGCCUUUUUCAGGCUUCAGGUACAUGAAAGGGAAGGGGUUUUUAUAGUUGAAGUAUAUGAAAGGGACCAAAAUGAGAUCAGUCACAGAUGCAUUUUAUGGAUGUGAGAGACAAGAAAACCUGUUUUAGCUAUUUAUUCAUAUUGUAAAGAUGGUGUAUUUACAGGAGUUAAAAAGGGAUGCAGCGUUCAAAAUUAGGUAUGUGAAAGGGGUACCAUUUGUCACUAGAGGGUAAACAAAAGGGGUACGUUUUCUGUCUAAAAUGGUACAUACAAAGGGUAAAGGGUUGGUCCCUGGGGCAGAGCCUCUUUGGUGAGUACCCCCCCCCUCUGGGUUACUGUUACUCUAGUCUGAUUCUUCUCUUUAAUUUCUUCGAUACUGUGCUUCAUUAAAUGAAUUAAAAACCCCGAUAUGUUAAAAGAAAUUAUGUCCCCUGGAGGGGAAAUAAAAUCAGGGAAAAUGGGUAGCAAGAUCUAUUGUGUUAUUUUACAUGCAUUGAGUAAGCGUAAUGUAGCCACUAUACACAUACAGUUGUGCGUGUUUACUGAAAAACAUAUCGGCAAUCCAAUCUUUUGCCUCCCAUCACUUGUGUGAGACCUUAGACUCUUUAUUUCCAAAACUACAGACAGCUUGCUUGAAGACUUAUCAACCACCUUCUAAUAAGCUGCCAACCUCUGCAACAUUGAUGAUGUGAUGCUUGAUGGUAGGUGCACUGCAAUAUUACUGAGUCAAGCCAAUAAAGCAGCUUGACAAUAUUAACUGGUUUAAGUCACUGAUAUUCAGUUUUACACUGAGCUUGAAAUAUUUUUCUCCACAGUAAAAGUAAUGUUCAUUAAAGAGAAGCAGAGCUCCCCCCCUAGAAAAAAAAAAGCAUCCAGAGGGCUAAACAGAGGAAGUAUACUUACCAUGCAUAUUUUAACAGCUAGCCUUUAGAAAGUACCUUCCAACCAAAGACUUUAAAGUACUUCUCCCACGUAUACUUGCAACACUUAUUAUUGCAGCUCAGUUGUGGUUCACUUUUAUCCUAAGUUUGAAUUUUAUUCUCUUUGUUUUGAACUCGUAAUCAUAAAAUUCAUAUUACCGUACCCCAAACAAAGGGAAGCAAAAUUUAAACCUAGGUUAUAAUAAAAUAAAACCACAGCAUAGCCAUUUGCUUUGAAACAACUGACAUCUUUAAGACCAAGGUAUGAUUGAUGUUCCUGGCACAUUGCCCGUUAAUAUGUUUAAAGUUGCCUUUUAUUGAUGUAUUAAAUAACCUGAUCCAUCUUAUCUUUUCAAAUAGUACAAUUGCACUUACUUCUCAUCAUAGGUUUGUAAAUAUAAUAUUAUUAGACUUACAGUUUUAUCUCAUCGCCAACAUGUUUUAAUUUGGGCUUGAAAAAACGCUACAGCUAGGAAGGAGCUCCACUGCUACACUAUUACUGUCCAGGAAAUACACCUGGCUGCUUCGAUCUACGUUAUCUUUCACCAUGUAUUUAAGCCAAAACCCUACGAAAAGCGUCAAGCAAAAGUAAUUCAUUGCUUUGUGAGUUAGACCCAGUAUUGAUUCGCUUGAGUUCCAAAUAUGGCUGUGCUUUGAGAGUCUUUGUCCCGACUGUAGCUUCUUUCAACUGCUGUUGGAGCAUAUUUUGUUGUUUAGUAAAACGCAAAAAGGUGAGAAAUGUCAUGAAAUUAUUACCUCCGUAUUAUUUCAAGCACCUCAUGAGCAUAUAGUUCAUUAGUAAAAUAGCGACCUUAAGUGUUGUUUCGACGCUUCUCUAUCAUCUUAUCUAUCAUCGAUCUUACCGGGUUCUUGAUCCUUACCGGCCAUUUUGGAUUUUUAUGGAGGUUUCCGCUGACAACUCGUUCCCAGACUUCCGUUCCCCGUUCCCCGCUCCCCGCUCCCCGCUCCCCGCUCCCCGCUCCCCGUUCCCCGUUUUAGUAACAUCCGGUCGCGUCGGCGUUGAGUGUUUGCUCAUCUGACAGCUUGCCUGCAAAGUCAGUAAAUAAGUAUUAUUUGUCGCGAAAGUGGAUGAGUCCAUUGAAAUUUCAGGCUUACCUGAAAGAAACGUGUACGGCUCCGCGAGAUGCCGACGUAAUGUGAUAAAAUAUGCACGGGCACAUUCAAGUUUAUAACAUGUAAGCCGUCGUGAAGUCCCGGAAAUGAUGAAUGAAGAUGAUGGAUGAUACUUUGAACAGGCAAAGUUUAUUGAAUGCAUUCUCACGGCUACCAAAAGCGUUUGAUAUUCGCAUACUAUGCGAAAAGGUCCAAACAUAACUUGUUAGGGAAAUUUGUUGAAUAUUAUACCUUAGUCUUUAAUUAAACUUGAAACGAUAAUCGCAUGUUAUGAAAGCAAACAAGGCUAUUCAGCAGAAAAUGUAUACCGCAAAAAUCCAUGAGAUGAUGGUAACAACGCUUAGAAGAUUUAAGCAAGCUUACAUUAAUUGUUUUGACAGGUUCCUCGCCAACUCGGAUGGAAGUGGUUUGGAACAGUAGCGAGGAUGACAAUUAUUUUGCAAUAAUUUAACGGAUAGCGCGAGCAGUUUUGAAUGGAUGACAAUUUUCGUCGAGCGGAUAGCCUGAGCAGUUCGAACGGAUACCAAAUCUUUGGAAAAGCCUUUCAUUUCGUGUAACACAAAAUUCGCGGGAUCGAUUUGUGUUCGCGGGGCGCAAUGUAUCAAGGUUGGCAAUUGGUCUUUAAAAAGUUUGCACCGAUUACAUAUUAAGAAGGCAUCAUAAGACUGAAAUGUCUUGUUUUAGCUGGAGCAAUAGGCUCCUGGUUUUAGUCGAUUCUAUAGGUGAUGGUGGUGGAGGGGGAAAAUGGUAUUUUGCCCACAGUUAUUGGUUAUUAGCUAGUAAAAUAACAACGAUGGGAGGGAGGGCUUAGAACUACAUAUAUUGAACUGUAAAGAAAAUCACCUUACCCCAACCUCCUCCCCACCAUCAGAUGAGCUAAGAAUUUUCUCUUAUUCGCCUUUUUUUACUACGACCGUUAACUCCCUGUUGAAAUUUAGAAAUUUUUUUAGAAUGCUGGUUCCUAAACUGAUACAGCUGCUAGAAUUUUAAACUCUUUCUAAGGCCUACAAAUCAAAGUAAGCGUGUGCAUUUUCCUCUGUCGAACCUUUCGUAUAAUUACCUUCGUUUCCAUGUUUUUUCCUAGACUGGCUGCCAUGUCAGGGAAGAAAAUUAAUCAGGAUCAACGACUGACUGAGAACACCGUAAGUGACAACAAGCCGUCGGACCUGGAGGCAGAAUUCACCCACUCGUUUAAAGACGGAGAACGUGUUGACUUCAUAGAAUUUAUUCAGCGUAAGAGUCAACGAGCGGGACCCUCAUCUGCGACAGAGAGCCUUGUUGGAGCGUCCAGGUUGGCCUGCUUUAUUUUUGAGGUACAGAUUUCAAUUUUAUUACCGCGAGUUUUAAGUAAACUGGAAUACAUUAAAGUCAUUCUAUAUGGCGGAUCCAAGAUGGCAGAUGCUUCCAGUUUUUUAAAGUCAUAAAAGACGUCGUCAUGACAUCAUUGCUAUUCUUAAUUAGCAAUUAAUGAAUGAGGCUGAGUAGGAUAUGAAGAAUUAAGCAGAUCGAGGAGGGUAUUAUCUACCGAGGCCGAAGGCCGAUGUGGAUAACACCCUCCGAGAUCUGCUUAAUUCUUCGUAUCCUACGAAAGCCGAAUUCAUUAAUUGCUUUAUUAAUGAUUCAAAAUAAUUCCUAAUUUAAAAACAUAGCUGAAACUUGCUUACCUGUAUCGACGUUAAGUUUAUCUUCGAUAGUGGACGUUUAGGUUUGUCCAGCUCCGCAAAUAUUCUCCAAAUAGCAGAUCUCUCCCUCCGAGUUGUCUUCCUUCUGUUUUUGCUGUUUUUAGCCAUUAUUUCGCCUAGUUCCAGCUGUAGUUCUUACUCUUGAAACGAGUGAAGUGUCUGCCAUUUUAGUUUUCACAACGAAAACAACUCAACCUCGUCCCUAGGUCUUCUCUGUUAACUGUGCAUUAACCUGUAGAGGGCUGCAUUUUUAACUUCAUUUCCUCGUUAAACACAAAAGUUCUUCCAAAUUUGGUCAUCAGUAAGUGGUUAUGGUGAAUUAUGCGUGUGCUUUUCGCCAAUCAGAAUUUGAAUGAAUAAUAAAGGUUAUUUAUAUGUUAGCCACCUUCUUAAUUUUAUUUAACACCUUGCUGUUUAAGUACUUUUCGCUUAAUGUGUACUUUGAGGGAAUUCGGAUUCUGCUAAAAAAUUCAAUAAUAUGAAGUCAUUGUGUCAAUCAAGUUAUCCCCAGAAGUUGGAAAUGAUAAGUACAUUUUUCUGUGCAAUUUUGGGGGCCAUAGCAUGAGCAGUUUUGAAGUUAUAGCUGGAGGCCUCUGAAGCCCCCAACCGGUUGCAUGAAGCGAAAAAAAAAGCCCGGUCUAUAUAGGGUUGAAUAUAAAUAUUUAUUCACAACUGUACAUUGCAAACCUCCUUUAUGCAUGGUUCCUGAAGACAAUUACAAUCUGACUUUAUACGAACUACAGUAAUACUUUUGUGAAAAUUUUGAUCCCAGGAGUCAUCGUCCGGGUGAGCGCAGACCUGAGUAGGACGCUGUCAACAACCGUCCUAUUAAGGACUUCGCUCACCCAGACAAUCAUGCCCCUCACACUUAAUUAAUACUUUUUUUGUACCGUAAGUUUGGUACAGCAUUUCUUGUAAUAUCAAUUUGCUGUCUCAAAGUCAAACUUCUUGAUUAAAAUGUGUGUACCAUAAUUUAACUGUAACCAAACUAUGUUGAUGGGAACUUGCUUGAUUCUGCUUGGCUAAACUGGUUCUUAUAUUUCUGGUUAUCAAAGUGGUAUAUUUCUUCCAGCAGGUUCUUAAACCACUAGGUUCUUACACGUAGGUUUUAAGCGUACUUCCUUUGUUUCGCCUUCUGCGAUAAUUUCUUAACUGAUUACAACCUUACUUUAGCCCAGCUAGCUCGUUUCAGAGUGUUUCGUUUAUCUCAUUAGGUGUCUUAUGAGUGUGCCUUGACGACAAGAAAUAACUUUGCGGAUGUCUCUUCAUCACUGCUGAACAGUUUAAUCAACAGAGCCCCUUCGAUUGCAUUUAUCGAUAAGGACAAGGUUUGUAAGACUGAUCAUCAUAUCAUGCUCUCAUUUUUUCAGUAUCAUGGUUAACCUUCUCGUCAUCAUCAUCAUCAUCAUCAUCAUCAUCAUCAUCAUCAUUACGGCAACAUCAAGUCUCUUCACGCCAGUAAGUGCAUAAGGCCAUGGUUGUAGACUGUAUUUAGGACCUUUCUAAGAACCACUAUUUAGAUAAAACAGAUUAGCCUUCUGCAAGAGCCAUAAUGGGACAGCUCUUGCCUUCUGGUGUUGGGUUGAAUAGGAGUUCUAUCUUAUACAAGUGCCCUGUGCAUGAGGACCGUCUAAAAUUAAAAUCUUUUUUUAGAAAUACAAGCGACUGGGCUCUCAAGAUUUAGCGUAUUGAAAACUUAUUGCCUUCUGGCCCUUUUUUAAAAAGUGUUAUUCUAGUUAUUUUUAACUUUAUUUGUGUAGCAGUGUUUAACCUUCUUGCUUAUUGUAUUUCAGCCAGUCGGGUUGUUUCCCUCCGAUUCAUCUUCACAACCUGGGUCAAUGCUAGUACAGGAGGCGAUGCGCGAGCUGAUGGUCCAUGUUAAAGAGGCAGCAAAAGAUCAUGAUUUGAAAAGGCUCAUUGAGGUAAGUAUGCAUGAAAUUCCAGCUCGAUUCAAGGUUAGUCUUCCCCAUGUUUUCGGAUUAUGAAAAUGGGGUUGGUCCAGGCUACAUUAUAGACUCUUGAGAACUCUAUUCGUGGAGGGACAGAGGUGGCUAUAACUAAGGGUGUGUGGCGUAAACAGUUUGUGCAAUGUUUACUCACGCUUUUGAGAUUAACACAAGAGCUCGAGAGCUGCACUUGUCCCACCUACAAAUAAGUCAACCCGUAAAAUUCAGAAGACAAUUAUCCAUUCACAAAUAAUUGAAUUUUCCUUGCAUCAACAGACCGUCAAAAAUGAGGCGCAGAGAAAAUUGAAGGGAGAAGGGCGCCAGUCCAAAGCCCAAAAAACUGGACUUAUCCUGCCACCGCUACCAUCCGAUGAUAAAAAUAGGAAGCUUGCGAAGUACAUGGAUUAUUGUUGUAGGUUCUCCUGGCGCAUGGUCACGCAAGUACCUCCACUAAAACUUGACUACCGGAGUCAGCAUUUUGAUGAAAGGAGUCACGUCCAAGGAUUUAAAAGUGACAAGAAACAAACUUCUUCGUCACAAAUAAAAUGCUUCCUAUGGCCAACACUGUUGGACUGCGAGAAACGAGUUAUUGCCAAGGGAGAAGUCCUAUUGUAAACGAAUGUAAAAUUAAGUAAAUGUCUAUUUUUGCUGGAAGUGCAUUCAGCUGCUCUAGCUAGUUUCCAUGCACCGCUGCACACAAAUAAUUGCAAUUGGGGCACAACUUUAUUAAAAACCCAACUGACACGAGGCAACCACUUGCCUCUAUACACCCUGCAAGCAUAGCUGAGGUGUUGAACCCGGGAAUACCGUGAAAUAAAUCCAGCUUGUGUGAACAACUUGAAC